CAUCAUACGUAUUCGUGGAUUUCGAACAGUUUAUACAUAUAUUUAGAUGGCGUUUCCCCUACAUGUAUAAGAAACAUAUUGUCGAAAAUAAGUCAAUGAUAUGAUAAUGUCCAAACGACUGAUUAUCUCCGGAAAAUUUGUGUAGUGCCUUUUCAUGUGAUCACAGAAGAUGGAACCCUGCAGAAAUACAUUGAAUUGGGUUGGCUGAAUCAUAAACAAGUACAAUGUCAUCCAAGGGAAUCUUCUCCAUAAGUUUUAACCAGGAUCAUGGUUGUUUCAUAUGUGCGACAGAUUCAGGUCUUCGGAUCUAUAACGUCGAGCCUUUGACACAGAAGUUAUAUCUCAACCAUGACACAGUGGGAAGCCUGGCAUGUGCUGAGAUGUUGUUCCGUACAAACCUACUGGCUCUUGUUGGAGGUGGCAGCUUUCCCCGCUUUGAUGAAAAAGCAGUACUGAUUUGGGAUGACUCCCAGAAGGAUCCAGCUAAAAAGGUUGUUCUGGAAAUAACAUUUGCACAGCCAGUAGUGGCAGUCAAAAUGAAAAGGGAAAGGUUGGUAGUUGUGCUGAGAAACCAGGUCCAUGUGUUCAGUUUCCCUAACAAACCCCAAAAGUUGUUCACAUUUGGCACCAGGGAUAAUCCUAAAGGUCUGUGUGAGGUCAGUGGGUUUGGCCAGACUUUGGUGUUUCCUGGACACAAGUGUGGAAGUAUUCAAAUUGUGGAUCUGGAGACUACUCAGCCUGGUCAGUCCUCCUCACCUAUUACCAUCAAUGCCCAUCAGAAUGACCUUGCUUGUCUUGCACUCAACCAGAAUGGCACACUCCUGGCAACUGCUUCUAAAAAGGGAACACUAAUAAGGGUGUUUGACCUUGUGACCAAAAAACAAGUUGUAGAGCUGAGGAGAGGAGCAGACACUGCAAUGUUAUACUGUAUCUCCUUCAGCCAUGACUCAGCUUUUCUCUGUGCAUCAAGUGACAAGGGAACAGUCCAUAUAUUUGCUGUCAAAGAAACUCAUUUGAAUAAAAGAUCCUCCUUCAAACAAAUGGGGUUCCUCGGAACUUAUGUGGAGUCCCAGUGGGGCCUUGCCAGCUUCACUGUGGCUGCUGAAUGUGCCUGUGCUUGUGCAUUUGGACCAGGACAUUCAGUCAUAGCCGUGUGUGUGGAUGGAACUUUCCAUAAAUAUGUGUUCACCACUGAUGGCAACUGUAACAGGGAGGCAUAUGAUGUAUAUCUAGACCUAGGGGAUGACAUGGAAUAGAGCAAACGGGGAAUGGCAUUUGCCAUACCUUACAAACAAGGGAGAUAUGAAUACAGGAUGUAUGAACAAGGGUUGACCAAUUGAAACUUGAAAAGGAUGUUGUUUUAUUGUGUCACCAGUGAUAAAAGACUUGUUUGUGAUUACAUUAUUGUAUAAUUAUAAAACAACUGAUUGAUAAUUGUUGUUAUUAAAGCACUAUCUAAUGAAAUGUAUAUGUACAUAUAUAUAUGAAGGAUAUAGAAAUUUUUGACCGUUACAAAUGUCUUGGUAUUGUAUUUAAACAAAGUAGGAAUUUUGCAGAAGCAAAAAUUAAUCUUGUACGACAGGCUACAAAAGCCAAGUGUGCUCUGUAUACUAGAAUUCAUAGUUUAAGAUUACCUGUUGACUGUCAAUUAAUACAUUUUGACCAAACAAUUGUUCCUAUAUUGUUAUACGGAUGUGAAAUCUGGGGUUUCUCAAGCACAGCCUGUAUAGACAAAGUACAUUUAGAUUUUUUGAGAAAUGUACUUGGUGUUAAAAAAAGUACACCGAGAUAUAUGUUGUAUGGUGACACUGGACGUGUACAUAUCAAAACACGGAUGGUUACUUACUGGGCUAGAAUUGUCGAGUCACAUGACUGUAAACUUGCUCACAUAGUGUACAAUUUUUUGUUGAAAUACAAUUACUUUAACAAUUGCCAGUCUCAGUGGUUACAAGCAGUAAAGUCUACAUUGGACAAUUGUGGUAUGAGUAAUAUUUGGCAUACACUACUGCAGACAGAGGUCAUCAAAAUACCAUUAAAAUCUCAUGAAGUUAUCAUUAAAAUCAUUAAAAGUGUUAAAAAUGGCCAUUAAAUCUUGUAUUGAUAUAUUUUAACAGGUUUCUGCUUAAGCCAUUAAAAAGGCACUUAAAAUCUUGUUUUAAGAUACAAUUACAAAGAAUUAAUUGUCAUUUAACACCCAAAAUUUGAUGUAACAUGCUGUUAAAAAAAUUAAUGUUGAUAAAAGAUACUUGAAAUUUGUAUCUUUGUGUUUUAAUUGCACUUAACAGAAAAAUAAUGGCCAUUAAAACGUUUCCUUAAUUUUGUACACGACCCAAGUUCAUUUUAAUUAUUAUUACUUUCUUUGCAUGACAACAAAGUGACUUAAUUGCCAUUAACUUUGCUAUAAAUUAUUUAAUUGCCAUUAACAGUCAAUGAACAAAUGCUUUAUCUGAAAUUUUAUUGAAGGUGUUUUCCAAGUGCCAUUAAAUUUCAACAACCAAUUAAUUAACAGGCAUUAAAUUCUUUAAGUAAAAAGUAAUUUCAUGCAAGUCUAUAAAUCUCUAAAUUUAAGUGUCAUUAAAACAAUCUUAUGUAUAUAUAUGCCAUUACUUUAAAUUUGGAUACAUAUGUAUUUGACUGGAUUUGCAAUUGAUCACAAAUAAAAUUGCAUUAUAUAAAUCA